AUGGGUGCAGGGAUUCUGGGGAUGACGGCCACCCUGCCCUCUCCUGGCCUGGUCUUCCCAGCCCAAAACCUGCCCCCAGGAAGUCCCCAGCCUCACCCACUCCAGCCCUUCUGGGCCCGGGUAGCUGUGGCUGCAGGCCCAGGGCCAUGGCCCUCCGCCGACCCCUGCCCAGCCCCAGGCCUGCUCUCGCACCUCACCUCUCUCCCGCGCCCACGGGCACAGAGGCGAGGCCUCCUGUGUAGAGCAGCUCCCUUGGUUUACUACGGCCUUAGGAGGCCCCUGCUCGUGCUCAGGGAAGCCCCUUCCCUGGAGUGGGGCUUGGUCCCAACUCUGCUAAGCCUUUCUGGGAUCAGGAUCCAGCCCUUCUGGGGACUAGAAAAUGUACAGACCCCCUUCCUACUAGGGCUGUGCUGCCCUGAGUAUCAGGCUGGGCCCUUCCAGUGGGCAGAGCUGUGCCAGCCCUGUACAGAAUCUAGUGCCGUAGGCUGGCUGGACUCCUUCCCCGCUUGUGCCGGCUUGCUUCCUGGCCAGAACCGAUCAGGCUCCAGCCGUGGGGAAGCAGCCCGGUCCUCUGUCUCCUUGCCUCAGAGGAGGCAGAAGAGCCCAGGGCCCCAGCAUCCUGGCAGGGACGCUGCGGGCGUCCUGUGGUCCUAG